GUGUCAAGCUUUGUGGUUCUUCAGCAGCACAAGAAGCACUUUGUCUCGUGAGGGGGGUGUUGACAGGAGGAAGAGGGGGAGGCGUAGGGAGACAGAAUUGGACUGGCCCGGUUCACUUAGAUUGGCAGAGCCCGCACUGGGACCAAAGAGGACGAGGCCCGAGGAGAGGGGCCACAAAGCAGGAGAAGAAGGGUGGACACCUCGAGACCCCCCUUUUUGGUUUUGGGAUACACUUGGACACCGGGCCGGAGGGGAGGGGGCCCGCAUGAUUCCUCAGUGUCCGCAGGCUGAAAUGAUGGUGGUGAUGCACCGACAGCAGAGCGGCGGAUUCCUCCAGAGCUCUACACGCUGCACCGCAACCCCACACCCGAGAGUGAGCCUCCCGCUGCAGGGACACACGCUACUGCUGCACCAAACCGGAUUUCCAUACCGAUGCUUUAGCCAAAUAACCGGGUAACAGACAACCCAGCAGCUCCAUUCAUACUCCACCCUGUCUGCGGGAUGAGACGGGGGGCUACGGCGAAGGGAGACCCCAGCUUUCUGCGUUUUACUGCACCUGCUUUCAUGUGCAUACUCCGGUUGUUUUGAGCAAGAGAAGAGAGGUGGGGGGAAAAGAUGUUGGGGCGAUGCUACCGAGGCAAGCUGUCGGCAUGGGCCGCUCUGUGCGUGCUGGUGCUCUGCUGGUUUUACAUUUUCCCCGGCUACAGACUCCCACGCGAUAAAGAGAUAGUGGAGGAGGUGCUGAGGCAGGGGGAGGCAUGGGAGAGGAACCAGACCGGCAUCGAUUUGUACAGGUUCGUCUCAGGAAUCAGAUUGCUUUUCAUUGAUUUCUAGAGUGCGGCCCGGUGCCACCAGCUGUUCUUAAGGGAGACCCUCUUGGUACCCGGGGUCUCAGGAGAUGUACAGGAGCAGUGAAUUACAGAUACGCGAGGGGGAUCAUUACAGAUGUGUCCUUUUUGUUUACCUUUGCACCCACUUUAAGGGGCUGUCAUACAAAAUGUUUGAAAAAUUACAAACCCUGGGUUAUUAAUAAGGGUUAUUCAGGGAAAUGGUCAUCCCUUUGUGUCAGUAACCUCUAUUGUCUGAAUUAGGGUCCCUAUCAAGAAAAUUUAGUAGAAUAUUUGGGGGUGCAUUUUCAUCACCCUGCAAUAUGCUUCAGAACAAUUCAGUCAAUCUUUUCAGGCUGAAAAUUUAAGAGUUUUUUUUUUACUCAUUGUUUGCACCAGUUCCCUUACAUUCUUUUGUCUGUCUUGGAGUCCCUGACAAUGAAAAUUUUCAAGGAUUUUAGCUUAACCUUAUUUUCUUUACCUUGCAAUCACUUGAUGUCACAUAAAAAGGACAUGGGGAUAAUUUUUUUUUAAAUAUGUCAUGUUUAGCUUACAAACAUCACCAAUAAGGUUGAACAAGUUUUCGUCACCUGACCGUUAAGGUGUUGUAGCAUCAGUUAUCACAAGAGGAGACAUAAACAUUGUCCAUUUAUCCCAUUGGCACAUGUCAUUGAAGAGAUUAUGAUUGAUACGCAUUAGAAAGUAGUUCACGCUAUGAUGAAAACCUAGCAGAAUAUAGACUGUGAUUUUGCAAUAAUAACAAUUGAGGUUGUGAUCUCUCUAAAAUUUUCUUUUUUGACUUGUAGGACAUGAACGACAUGGGUGUUUUUCUUUUUUUUUAAUCAAAAUCCACCUUACAACCUCACAACUUUGAGUUUGCAAUUAGAUAUUUCUAGCAAAUUAAAGCACCUGUUAGGCAUUUUUUGACAAAUAUAGAAUAGACUAUAAGUCAUAUUGAUGCCUUUUCAUAAUGAAAAAAGCAAAAAGGACUACCAGCAACAAGAUGCAAAUUCAUAAAGUACACUUAAUACUGUUAUCUUUACUACCUCAAACUGGAGUGAGGGGGUAGGUGUCACUGGGGCUGCUGUGGAGGGAGUCAUGAUUUUGAUUUUACAUAUUGAAUAUUAACACAAAAAUAACACAGUUCACUGAUGACAGAAAAUAAAAUUAGUUUUUUUUGUCAAGAGACAUUACUUAAAGCUCCUGUGAGGAACCUUUGUCUGGUUUUGUCACAGGAGCCAAUUAUUGAAUUCAAGCAACUUAAAAGCUUGAAGUGUCUAUGAGGGGUUUGGUCACUAAUGAUAUAGACUGAAAUUCCUAUUGAUGUAUUUGUAUAAUACACAAAAGCAAACAAGACCAUCAGUGGCUAAAUAAACAUUGGUGUGAGAGGGUACAUGUCAGCCGGGCAGCUGAUCCAGCCCUGUUUUGACAGUUUUCCUUGUAUAAUAUUCACAAUAAAUCAUAUACUUGACUGUCAGCAGGAUGAAGAAUUAUGUCAAAAAUCACUUUUUAUAUGUGUCAAGGAUAAGAUAAGCAAAACUGUUUCGACCAUAGGUGGUGCCAAAAUGAACACAAAUCACAAGGCUCUUGAUAGUUUCAUGAAUCUAAUUCUAUAGACAAUGAUCCUCACAGAUGAAAAAAUAUGUUAAAGAAAUCUUGCAAAAUGAAAAAACUAAUACUUCAAAAGCAGCUUUUUAGAAAUGAGUUUUCAAAAUCUCAAUUCAAACAUCCACUAUAUUUGCAAGCAAUUCAUUUGUGAGCAUGAGCUGACUGUUCUGAAAGGCAAAGCCGAUUAGGAUCAUCAGGGAAGGUGACACCUGCAGGGCAGUGGACAACACCCACAGGACCAGUGAUGUUUGUGCCAUAGAGCCUUCAUUUGGUCCAAUUGUGCUGAGCAUGAACAGCUGAGAGGAGGGAAGCUGAGGACAAACAUCCUUUUCAUGAGCCCAUUGUUGAAUGUUUUUCAUAUGUAAAACUCAAAGUGUACACAACCUAAAUUUAUUAUAAUUUCCUCUGGUGUAGAGCUCCUGACCUCACACAGUAGUGAUUUGUCCCGUCAAACUGAAAAAUGUCUUCAUCUAACUGCCUCUUGCCAAAUAAAUACACGAUCGUCCUUGCUGUGUAUUACCAGAAUCCAAAGCCCUUCUUAAUCCAAUUUGUGUCAAAGUGACCAGACUUCUUAUUACAUCCAUGCUCUCUAUGUACAGGAAGCUGCUGACGGAGUGCUGCGAUCCCAAGAGGAUGUUUGCAGUCACCAAGGAGAAUUCGCCGAUGGGCAAAGUCCUGUGGUACGAUGGCGAGUUCUACCACUCGCACACCGUCAACAACGAGACCUACCCGCUCUUUGUGCAGGUAUGAAGUUAUGCAAAGAUACAGAUGUUUGGGCGCCAUUUGCAGACCAUUUGCUUUGUAGGUCUGUGUUUGUGUGUGUUUUUUAAUGACUUUUAGAGUUGCAGCUGUGUUUUCGCAAAGUAACAAGAUCCAAAACAAAUUUUCUCCCACUCAGUGAAAUGUGACACUGGUGCAAGAGAACAGGAGGUUUUAACAUAGAUACUGGUGAUCCAUACAAGAUGCGAAGAAAGGGCUGUGGAAGAGACAGACACUCUUAGGUGGGGUUAUGAAGGAGCAUGCUGGAGGGAGAGAGUAGUCAAUAUUCAUUGGGAGAGAUGUGAAAGGGCAGGCCUGGUAGAGUAAUUUAAUACCUAAAAGAGGUUCAUAUAUCAGUAUGAUGCUGGGAUAUUAUCACAUAUUACACAGUUCUCUUUCUUUUCAUAUUUAUGGCCUUGAUAAGCCACAUUAAAAUUCAACAAUAGUUUCUGCUUUUUGUUUAAAGCUCCAAAUAUGUCUCUUUGUUCUGUUGUGCAAUUUUCCACUGAAGUUUUUAAACCACGAGUUUAAGUGGGUGAAUGCAAAGGGAGGAUGUGCAACCAGUUUCGACCCCGCAAAGUAACUUCCUUUUCCAUGGAAGGAAAGUAAAAGAGAGAAAACACAAACCUCGAGUGUGCAUUUAUGCCUCUGUGCAUGUGUAUCUAGAUAAGGUCUGUGGGGCUAUUUUUACAUGGUUCCAUGCCUGUGUGUGGGUCAGUGGGUGUAUGUGUGUGUACAUGUGGAUGAGGGUAUGCGUUUGUGCCUGGAAACAGGACAAAACGGGAAACUCUGGUCUGAGUGCUGUUGCUGUGGUUUUUGUAUCCAGGGGCAGCACAUCUUGCUAAUAGUCAAGACUGGAUCCCCAUUACUGAUCUGCAGUCUCAUAUCCUGGCCGGUAAACACGAUGAAUAACUGACCCUAAUUUGCACGUGUGAACCGAGCAUGUUCAUUCAUGAGGGAUGGGGGGAGGUGAGGGUGAAUAAAUGAAGAAAUGAGAAUAUGAAGCGCGAGGGAAGCCGAGCUGAACCACUGUGUGCAUUAAUGUGCCGUUGUGGGCAUGUCUUGUCAACCCAGAGUUUAGUAUGUGUAGUAAGUAGAAUUUAAAAGCUGCUUUAUGAGUGGUGAUGCUCCAAAUCCAGAAUGAAUUGGAUCUGCUUUAGUUUUAAUUAAUAAUUUGGGUCAUUUUUCAAACAGCAAUGCCAAAGAUUUACUGGCUGCAGCUUCUCUGUUGCUUCGAUCUGCUGUUUUCCUUUCUAUCAUAUGAUGGAAACUGACUGUUCUGGGAUUUAGGUUUGAUGGUUGGACAAAGCAGGAGAUUCCUAGGAAUCAAACUGGUUUUGGAAAGUGGAAUUUAGAAAUGUUUAUGGCUUAAAUCCAGAAUAAAUCAGUUUGGAUUAGUAAUUUGGGUCAUUUUUGAAGCAGGGAUGGAAAGUACUUGCUGGUUAAACCUUUUGUUUUUGCAAAAAUGUGCUAGUUUUCUUUCUCUUUUAUGACGAUUCAUCAUUUUAAUUGCACGGUAUCAAUAUUAAAUUCUAAAAGUCUCAAAAGUUGAUUGUAGUUUUGAAAAUUUCUGCAGACAUCUAAACAACCACUGGAGUGGUGCAUCAAUCAUGUGGAUGCAAGGACAGUUUGCUCAUGAUGGAUGUGUGGAAGUAUUAUGAGGUGUUGGAAACAGGCAGCGCAGAAGCUGUUAGCAAUACUUGUGAAGCACAGGUGAUACAGUUAUGCAUCUCAAGAAGCAUCAUCCUGAGCAGCAGCGAGGGUUUCUAAAGAGAGAGAACGAAACAGCGCCAGUGCCUCUAAUUCAGUUAUUCCACAAAGCUAAAAAAUGAAGCAGCAGCUACCCAAAUGUGAAUGAGCUUAAAGCUACUGUAAGGGUUUUUUAUGUUGAGGAAAUCGACUGAAAUUCAAGCGACUUUCUGAUUUCUGUCCAGCUAUCUGAAAUUAUUAUGAAACACAAAUAUUCAAGGCGAAUAUUGAUGUUAAAACUAGAAGAAAAAGUAAAGUCAAAUAGAAAUCCAUUAUUAUAGUUAAACAGUGGUUGUCUACUCUAGUUAAGUGUUUCAGAUGGAUUUGAAUGAACGAAUGAGACAUGGCUGACAAAAAUAUCAAAAGCAGACUUUACAUGAAACACCAGCCAGAGACUGUAGUUUUGAUUUGGUGUCAGCAAGGAUGGGAACUUACUUAAUAUCAGUAUAUGUUGAAUUCAGUUUGAAAAUACUGGCAAAUCUGAUAAAAACGUGAUAUUCCUCAUCCCUACAAACUAUCAGGAAAGAAAAUAUUAAAGAUUCACGUAUUUGUUGCAUUAAAUGUGCAGUUUGAGGGUACAACUAUUGAUUUUGUGAAAUGUUCUGGACAUUUUUGACUUAAUCUUGACAGGAUAUUGACAAAAACCUCCAGCAGGGAGAAUGAUACACACAUUUAUAACGAUGGAAAUCAUCAUUUUAUGAGGCUCAGCCCUUUACAUGUUUCCAAAAUGAACAUUAUUUGGGGUGAAUUGCGCCUUUUGGUGAACAUACCUUCACAAAUUAGCCUUAAAAAGUUGUCCCUGACCAGUUUCAUGCAUGGCCCCUUUUACCAAGAAAAACUGUAAAUUUCCUCACAGACAGGUUAUCAGUUUCACAUCUUUGCGCCACUCAAGUGCCGGUUGGUUUCUGUCUCUUUGUGAAACUUGAGACAGGUUGUGGUUUGUACUUCCAGUAAGUAGGUGCAAGUUCUCUGCAAGUUUGUGUCAUGCAUUUCUGUUUCACUUCAGAGUUUUUCCCCCCACUGUAAGCUUAUCUGUGGUCUGUUACGUGCCGGGGGUAACCAGUGGUUUGGUGGGAUGCAUGAAGCACAAGCUUUCUCACACACACAAACAUAUUCUCUGCCCUCUCAAUUACCGGUGCUGUGAUUGCAGGUUUGAACAGCCUCACUACUCCAGCCUGGCAACAGCUACAGUAUCUGAACAUGCGCCAGGGAAUGUGCCAAUUUGGGCUUUGACAGUUAAUUGCGGGUUGGUUCAGUGGCUUGAACAGAGCGUCCAUACGCACAGUUCACUGGACUGUAGAGUAGGUCUAUAUGAUCUCGUUUUUUUCUGAUGUUCCCUUCGUGUACUUUUCCUUUUUAUCACCCCAUGCUGAAGAAAUGUCACGGGAUAAAAGGCAAAUAAAUAAAAUAAAUCUCAUUAUUACACAGACACUGUAAAACCAAACAGUAAUUAAGACAGUAGCUGCCUCCAGUGCUCUUAAAUGUGAGAUUUGAUCUACUUCAUCUGAGCUUGAAAAUCUUUCAGCUGGGGGCUGUGUCAGAAUGCUAAUUCAGUAACAUUUGACCAUUUCUGAAGCUUUCUAAGCUGCCGGUUAUGAAGUCUUAUCAGUUGCUGUUCUACUUAGUAAAACCCCAAACUAAAAAUGUACAAGACUGUGGUUAAAGAUCUGGAUUUAUGACUUUCCGGAAAUAGCUACAUGACACAUGCUACUGUAGUAAGUGUCCCCCCUCUUAAGUUUUAUCCCCACUUGCUGGUACCCCUCCCCGGCUUAAUGUGCUGUUAGCAGGGUAUUGUCCUCUGACUCAACUCUGUCACGCUCUAAAAGAGACCCUGAGGCAGGCUGAGUGUGUGUGUAUUCUCAAUUUUGUGCACUCGAAGGAGAAUAAUGGGCACAAUUGUUUCCGCCAUCUCCCCUAAUCCAUGCCCCUGACUUAAAUGCAGUCUGGGCAAAGGGAAAGGACAUUUUUGGCUGUUGCUUUUUGAAGCGCAGUGUUUCAGCAUUCUUAAACAAACAUAAUACAAUAUACUGUUCAACGUGAAGAUUCGAUUUAGAUAAUGAUAGGUGAUUUGAUUUUAGAGGGAGAGGACUUCCUUUUAAACCAAGGGGUUUGUGGAGAGAUUGUUGAUACUUCUGUUUAUUUAAAGCAAUAUAUUUGAUUUUGAAUAAAAAUAAAUGCACAUAGCUACUGGAUGAAAAGACAUUUAAUGGUAAGCUGACUGAAACUUAUUAAUGGGUAAAAGAGUUAGAUUACUUGUUUGCUUCGGGUCAAAGGUGGGGUAGGCAGGAUCUGAGGAAGUGCCAGUUUUUGGGAGAAAUCCUCAAAGAUGAAUACUUUAGAUAAUUACAAAUGGGGCCCGGUCAAUGUGAAAGUAAAAAGCAUUGGUGCUGCUGUAGAUGCCAACAGACUACCAACAAACACAAUGUUUGCAGGACUUCUACAACUAGGAUAAAGUGACAUAGUCCAGGACCCGAGGUAAACAGUUUAGUGGCGCUACCACACACAGCAGGUCCCGUUUGAUAAGAAACACUUCUGUUACAGACACUUUGUUUACUUUGUUAAAGCGGUUUACCUGUCCAGCAGAAGGGUUACAGGGUCCAGAAGAUCCCAAAGCCUCCCCCAUUGUUUAUGCUAGAUUGAUGUUGACCUGGCUUUUUUUUUAGCUCUUGUCCAGGUGGUCUAUCUCCUUUUUAAGCACCCGUUAUUCAGCCAGAGUCUACAGUAUUUACUUUGUUUUCAUGCUUGUGUUGGCAGUCAUAGCCAAAAGAAGGACUCAGACAAUUUUCCAUACUUUCUGGUUCGUUUCUACUGUCUGAUAUUGUAGCACGCUAACUUUGUUUGAGCUCGUGAACAUUAUUCAGGACGUGCCUCACAAUACGAGGGAGCAGCGUCUGCCUCACAACCAAUCAGGGGGAGGUGGAGAACGGCUUUGUUUACAGUCAGAAAGAGCGGGCCGCUCAAAAAAUUAAAAAUUUCCGUGUAAAAAUUACACGGACAUAACAGAACACAGCGAUGUUGUUAUAUUCCCAAAUGUCAUCAAUAACAAAUAGUUAUUGACUGAUAUUAAAACCUUUUUUGUAUAUACACCACAAAAAAAGAUGCCUCUUUAACAGAAUCCUGCCUAGCUUGCUUUAACAGCUAAAUUUGCCAAACUAACAGAUAAACAGUUCAGUGACCUAGAUGAGGAAAAUGAGUGAAAUAGUUAGCUUAACAUUAGUGGAAAUCAACAUCAGUGUUUGUGCCAGUAGCUCUGUUUGUUAAUGGCCAGAUGGUUGUGUUUCUGUGAACCCUAACCAAGCUGUACUUUUCCUUCUGCUCAGGACAACCCUCUGCAGCUGCCCCUGAAGAAGUGUGCUGUGGUGGGCAACGGUGGCAUUCUGCGGCAUAGCAAAUGUGGACGGGACAUUGACCGAGCCGACUUUAUCAUGCGGUGAGAAAAAAAAAAGGGACUCUUUAGUGUUUCUUCGCCGCACAAUCGAAUUGAAACUGCCGAGCCAGAGUGAGACAGAGUGAGAGAGAGAGAGCAGCCAAACACCAUUAGCCAUCAGUGAUAAUGAACGCUGGUGUCGAAUGUGGCCAAGAAAGACAGACAGACAGAAAAAUGGGUCACAGCGAGGGCAAGAGGGAAAUGAGGUUAGGCAUGAGAAAGCAAAAUAGGAGGAGGGUUAGAUAAGGGAGGACGAGCAGAUGAGCAGAAGGGCAUGAAGCAGAAUGAAACCAUCUGGAUGUGGGAAAUAAAAGGGGACACUAAGACAAACAAAGCUGCUGGAUAAAGCCUGUGAGAUGGUUUUGAGGUCACACAAGGAGACACAAUAUGAAUAUGAAGUAAAGGAGUUUUCCCUCUUGAUGUGGGUGAUCAUCCAGAUGCUUUUGUACUGGUUACUCACUCUGGAGGAACUGAAACCCUCUUUUAGGACAUGUGAUGUACUCCAAAGUGCUGAAGCAAAUCAAUCUGAGGGAGAUCUAAUGUGAGAUGUGUAGGUCAAAUUAAACCUUGAACAGGAGGAUACAUGUAUGCAAUCUUACAGUCAGUGCGUUUACAUGCACAGUUUAAUCGGACUAAGCUCAUAAUUCGUUUUUUUUUCGCCAAAUCGGACUUCUCUGCUUGUCCACGUAUACAUGCAGCUGAGAAAAUCGAAUUAUUGACGUGAACAUGUCCUCCUCCCCAAAACUAGGGGGCGAUAUAGAUCUUUUCAUCCGUGCUGUUUCCAGACCUUUUUAAAAGAUGUCUCCAUUCCUCGUUUUGCGACCGUCCAUGUACUUUAAAAUGUCCAUUUCUGUUAGGACGGAAAGCAUAACGGCACUCUCCUUGUCGUUCCAAAAGUGGACACUUUUAUGUUCCUAAGCCAAGCUGCAGUUGCUUCUGAGUCGAAAGUUCUUUUAAUGAUAGUGCCACGUCUUCUCUGGUGUUUUUUUCCGGGGUUUAUGGAGGCGUGGCGUAUGCGCAUAUGCAUUGUUCAAUCACACUCCAACUACGCUGGUUACAUGGCAGAGAAAAUCGAAUUGCAAACGCAUUUUCUGGGUGUCUUAAUCGGAGUUCUCAAACUCCCAUUAUAGUCGGACUAAGGUGUUCACAUGCACUUCAGUUGUCCGGUUGUCUUAAUCCAAGUAAGGCAAUAAUUCAGUUUUUCUCAAGUGUCAUGUAAACGUACUGACUAAUUAUAAUGUCACAAAAACAGCGCACUACAUACCCACAUACUUUACUGUUUUUCUGUCUGUCACUAUGCAAGUAUAUUGAUCAGCAGGUUGAUCAGGUUCAGCCCAAAGUACAAAUACACUUCAAGUUACCUGGAAAUGUCUUCAAACGCAAAUACAUGAGCCAAGAGUGAACCUCACCGUACCCCAAUGCAGCCGGAUUAGAGAUGUUUGUUAUUUUGCGGAGACUCACCCCAGUAACUAUAACACACUCUGGGUGUAAUGUGUCUGAUUUAACAUUUUGUGAAGAUGUUAUGGCCAGCGUGUGUUAUAGUAGUAUUUGCCUGGAGCGUUAACUCCUACUCUUUCAGCCCCCUCAGAAUAAAAAAAACAGAUCUUCAGCAGGCUUUCCUUGUAAACACACACAUCAGCACAGCCAUUAUAAUCAAAUGUAAUCAGGAGAGAAACAGGCAUGGUGAAUUGCUGUGGUGUUUCUGCUCUAAGUGCAUGAAUAACUGAUUCAGAUUAGCACAUGUGAAGCACGUGAAAUGCUAAUUUAUCUCGACUCUGUUUCGCUCCUUCAGGUGUAACCUUCCACCGCUCUCAAAGGAAUAUGUGGAGGAUGUGGGAACCAGAACGCAUCUGGUUACAGCCAACCCCAGCAUUAUAGAGAAAAGGUACUGAGUGGGCUUUUUGAAUACCAAAAAUUACAAUCACACUCAAUUCUGUUUUUGUAUAACCCAUCGCACAUCCAUCACUUGGAAAGCAUGUGUAACAAACUGCACUUUUAUUACCUUUUUUUGCACUCUAAAAAUUCAGCUGCACCCAAUGUGAAAAAUGACUUACUGCCCAGAAAAUGGCGCUAAAAAAAUAGCAAUCACUUUGCCGCCAGAGCUUGCUGGAUUCACAUCAAGAAAGAUGAGUCUAGCAACGCCAUUUUACAACAGCUUUCCUCCAUCUCUACCCUUGAAAUGGCAAUGUAAAAGGGGCUAUGAAUGAAAAAAGUUAACUUACAGAUUUAAACCUGCUGUUUAGAAACACCAGUAAGAAUCAUUGAAGCCUUUCGGGAAGAAUUAAGGAAGACAUCAAAGUUUGCAGCAGCACAGACAUGUGUAGGACAGAAUAAAAUGAAUUGUGGCAACAAGAAAAAUUAAUCAUUAGCAAGAAAAAGAUUCCCGAAAAGAAAGAAAAGUGAUGCAGAACAUCUGUCAAAGACAUUAGUAGAGGAAAGAGUUUUUUUCUUGGAGUUGGAGUAGAUUAGAGGUUAUCAGGAAGCUUCUUCCAUCUGCUCAAGUUGAACUCCGUCCUGAAAUCUUGACCAUCUUAAACUCUUUCACCAGUGGGGACCCUUUCCUGUAGUGUGGCAACACAGGAAAUUCAUUUCCCGUGUUGACACUCAGAGCAAAAAGGAAGGGGGGACAGCUGGUGUUAAAGAGCAGAUAACUGUGAGCACGACUUCAACAAAAGUCUCCUUUUCCUCUCCUUCUCACUCUCAGAUUUCAGAACCUCCUGUGGUCUAGAAAAGCCUUUGUGGAAAGCAUGAAGGCCUAUGGCUCCAGCUACAUCUACAUGCCUGCCUUCUCAAUGAAGCCUGGCACCGACCCAUCACUGCGGGCGUAUUACGCCCUGGCGGACACCUCCUCCGACCUCACCAUGCUCUUUGCCAAUCCAGAAUUCCUUCGCACCGUGGGGAAGUUCUGGAAAGGCCGCGGCGUCCACGCCAAACGCCUCUCCACGGGGCUCUUUCUGGUCAGCCUGGCCUUGGGGCUGUGCGAGGAAGUGACGGCCUAUGGUUUCUGGCCGUUUUCCGUCGGCCUGGAUGAAAAGCCGGUCAGCCACCAUUACUACGAUAACAUCCUGCCCUAUAAAUGGUUUCACGCCAUGCCGGAGGAGUUCGUCCAGCUUUGGCACCUGCAUAAAAGCGGCACUCUGCGCAUUAGAGUGGGACACUGCCCCCAGCAGGAAGGAGGGAGUUAGAGUAGGUUUUGAGGAGUCAGUGGAUUACAGUGAGCUUUGGGAACCAAACGGAGACGGAAGGUUGCAACGAAAACGGGGGCACACAUUCCCUUGUGAACCCUUUGUGAAUCCUGUGGUGCUGCAUCUGUGUCCAUUCACGCUCCUGCUGUCCCCCCCACAGCUAAUCCUUGAUUUCCAUGAGAACAUUCUCCCCUCAGACCUGCAGCAUCAGGGAAACAUGACGCCAUACACACACACACACACAUACAAUGUAAAAACUCAUACAUUCCCAAACAUGCCAUACUCCCUCCUCUCGGUUCUUAGAUUUGUGUGUGCAUGGAUGUGUGUUUAUUUAUCGAAAGCCUUAACCGGGACUAAACGUGGACUUUGCAGGGACGGAUGAGUGGGGGAUGUGUUCUCUUUUUGUAUGUAUGUUGACUACUGUAUCUGACUGACAUAUGGGGCAGCUGGACCAAAACCCCCUCCCCCUCUGGGUCUUUGUUAAUCAGAGACAGAAGGAGAAGAGGACCGAGGGGGGUUAUAAAACGCACUGAGAGACUGGCAAACCGCAAGAAAGAAGGGAGAGAUAGGGGUUUUCUGGUACCUAGUGGCUUGAAAAGGACGUGAAAUGGAGGGGAGAAAAGAGAGUCGGGGGAGAAAGAGUGAAAGCUGGCCGGUUUGUGUAUGAAAGGAUUUUCUUCUGCUUUUCUUCAACCAACCAAGCGCUUGAUUGGCAUUCUCUGGUGCCAAAUAGAGCUUUAGUUCAAAGCAGGAGCAAUUAGAGACAGCGUCUUAAGUACUAUAUACCGUCGAAUGUUUAGCCAAGUUGCUUUUUUAAAACCCUUCACUGAAAAGGGAACAUCCCAAUCUUUUUGUGUUUUGUUUUUUUUUUCGUUUGCCAAAUGUGGUGACAAAAUGUGAAUUCUUGCUGUUCAUCAGUGGCCAUGAAUAGAAGGGAGAGAUUUAACCAACCUUAAAAAAAAUCUGAAUUAAUCGCAAAAAAAAAAAAAAAAACAUCACACAUAAGUACCUCACAGACUGACUGCUCAGUACAUUUCAGUCACAAGUAGGCUUCUUAGGUCAAAAACAGCCAGAAAUCUCUCAGUAAAUGUUUGAUACUUGCCAAGUGCCAAGCCGAGGGAACAGUGCGGUCUUUGAUACGCACUCUUGCACUGUCCUUGUGCUCCCAAACGGCAAGAUAGUCAGAGACUCUUCAGGACUUGAUGUCACAAAACGAAGUCUACAUUAGUGUAUUCACUAGCUGGACUUUUUCCCUCAAAGUCAUACUCAGGGUGGGAAGCUUAGCAGGGGUAAUAAUGUACUGCUGUGUUCCAGGUUUGAAGUCAUGUAAACACUGACGCUGCUUACCUCAUAGGUAAACAGCUAAAAAGACAACAGGUCAUCAUAAGUCAGUGUUUCCCCUACAGUAUGUUUGGCAGGGUGCCCCGCCCUGCCAACGAGAUCCCAAUGAGAUCCGAAACGUGUGUCACAUUAAAGCUCCUGUGAGGAACUUUUUAAUUUUGUGAUUCAGUUCCCCUCUUGGAUGAAGCAGUAAUUCUCUCCUUACUGCUGAUCUUGUCCUAAGUAGUGUUUCCUCACAAAGCAAUCCUGCUUUACUUACACAGUUACACACGUGACUCAUUGUGAAGAUUCAUGACCAUCAAAAACUCUUGACUGGAGCUUUAAUUUUGGCUAAAGACAGUUUGCAGUGGUCAAUGCUACCAUUAGCUGUGGCCAGCUGAUUACUCCCUCUUGUAUUUCACUUGAUGAUAAUCCAAACAUGUCAGAUUCCUGUUCGUGUUUUUGACGACUUCCAAACCUGGUAUACACAAGCUCAACAUGCUAACAGCUUUUGUGCUUCCUGCUCUGAGUUUGAUGUCAAAGGAAAAUGAUCGCUGUGUGAGUAAAGUGAACGACUGAUCCUUUUUUGUCUUGAGAUGCUGGGCGUCAUUCAUGAAUUGUGAUUUAAUUGUGUGAUUACCAGAGUAAACAUUUCACAUCAGAGUACAGGAAGGACUUAGCCUCUACUCUGGGUUUUAUUAUUGUGAUUUUUUUUAAACUUUUUUUGUUCUAGCACAAGGGAAAUAACCCUGGAGUGGCAGACAAGGCUUUUGUGUUAGUUCUGCUUUUGUUAUUUUUGGUACUUGCUGUUUCUACAAGAUGUUAUUUAAGAGUGACAGAUGUGACUGUGCCAUAUUGUGUUCGCCACAACAAAGGAUGACUCUGCAUGGAAAGUGCAUGAGGCGCACCACCAUUGAAAUACUUGCGUGACUCAAGGUACCAUUCAUGCUGUUAGGCUGAAGCAUGGGUUUUUUUAUUUGCUCCUUGUCUGUUGGACUGAUUAGGACCCGGUGCCUUUGAGAUGCACAAAUCCAGAAUGACCAAACGAGGGAUAUUUCUAAUGCUUAUCAUGGUUUAAAAUGUGUUUUUUUUUUUUCAGCAGUGCUUGGCUUUUUGGAUCAGUUGGACUGUAUGUGAAAAUGUUGUGUAAAACUAGAUUGAAGAGAGCCGCAUGCUGGACUAAGUCAAAAGAAAAUGUACCAAUUCCUCGUCCAAAUGCACUCAUGGCUCCAGAAGAACUGAGCUCGACCAACAUGCUUUUAAUUGUGAAGUUUCUUAUUUGCACCUUUUUUAAUUUUUGCUCUCCUGUCCAGUAUUGUGAAUGAAUGAGACGUGACUUAGCGUGGAUUUUUGAGUAAGCAUGAUGAAUUUUAAUAUGUAUGUGCUUUUGGUACACAGAUUUGUAUCUAUUUCCAUUACCUUCUGAUUCAUGGCCUCAUUCCAUCCUAUCUGAGUGACUUAAAAAAAAAAAAUCAGUGCAAAGCUUCGAUUUCUUACCAAAAGGGAGAUGAGUCAGUAAUGUAAAUAUAAGACUGUUAGCAUCAAUGUCCAGUAAGUUAAGAUCCGCAGUUCUUCUUUAAAAUGUUCGUAUUCAAAAGCUGGAUGUUCAAAUAAAUUGCAUUUACUGCUGAUGGAAAACAUCUUUGGCGGCAUGUUCUUCCUGCUUUAACUUGGUCACAUUGCAAAUAUCUGUAUGCAAGGAUGCUAAAAACCUUCUUUGUACAUUUCAUACGCAAGUCAUAAUUUAAAAAAACACCCACUUUGUAUAUUCUUGACAGUUUUUGUUGUGAAUCCAAGGCGAUAGUGAUUUUUCCAGGCUUGUUGUAAAUAGCUGUAGCCAGUCAAGCUACUUUACAGUUUCAUCUUCAUGCUUGUGUUUUAUUAACUUAUCACACAAUGUCUGUGUCAAAUCUGAAAAGAAAAUGAAUCAACAGUUUCCCAAAUUCAUGGGAGGACAGAAACUCUGCAGGAAUCAGCUUAGCUCAGCAGAAAGGCUAAAACAGCAGACAGUUCGCUAACCAUUACCUCUCAUGCUUGUUAAUUACCAAGCGUUCCUGCAUUCACUUAUUAACUGUAGGACUUUUGCUGUGAAUUUUUUUGAAAAGGUAGGCGAACUAUGAUCAGCUGGUCAGAGCCCUGAAGCUAAAUAUUGUUAGUGAAGAACAUGAGUUUUACAUUUUUUGUAGCUAAACAGACAGCUAGCUGUUUCCUGGUUUGAGUGCUUAUGCUGAGCUAAGUGAACCGUCACAUAUAUAAGAAAGAGAGAAAAUUUAUCUGUCAAACUGAGGAAAAGGUUAAAAGGACAUUUACUAUUUCUUGGAAGCCACACAAAGGAUUGUCAGAAAAAGUGGAACAAAGCAGAACAAAAUCGAUCCAGGCAGGUACACAAAGGCAGCAUUUAUCAUCCUCCCUCCUUGUUGACUGAUAGCAUUCAUUCAACUGCAGCUUAUGUGGCUGCGGGGUGACCUAUUGGUUAAAGUCCUGUCAUGGAGAGGCCGCAUGCUUGAUGCACAUGGCUGCCGUAUGAUCUGCUUCGUGUCCGUUGUGAGGACAUGGAAUUCUUAAAUGUGAAACCUGCCGCGGUGUAGCUGUUUAAACUGUAGCUUUCAACCAGCUGUUGAUAGUGAUGUCUUUGUACAGGUCUCAAAUGUACAGAUACAGGAGAUUGAGUUUUUCUGUUUUGCCACCAGAGUUCAUAUCGAAUGAUAAAAGCAUAUAUGUAAACUUUUUCUUUGGCAGGUAAUAAGAUAACCCUGGUGCAGUGUAGGUGUUGGUUUCAGCCCCUUCCAUGAUACACUAGUGUCUUUUUAAAUGCUUCUACCAGGGGCACCAAACUCAAUUCUUAUAUUUGACACUUAAAAAAACUUUCAAUCUUUUUUCUUAAAAUCAGGUUACACAGGAUAAAAUUUACCCAAAUCCAGCCAUCCAGAUUUUUUUGUAUAAACAAAUGGGAAAACACAUUGUUGCUGAUGUUUGACCUGUUUUUGAUCCAUGCUUUGCCAGAGGGUUUGAAGGUUUUUUAACAUUUGAAUAUUUGAUGUUGUUCCAAGCUUGCUUGAUUUAAACAUGUAUUAAUGUGAUUUAUUUAUUUGCUUCAACUGGCUUUUUUAUUUUUCUUGGGCAAUGGCGAGGGAAAAAAAAAUGAAACAGCUGUCAUUCAAGUCAUCUACUGUGAACUUCGCUGCCUGAGCAUGUUACAGAUAAACUGAAAAUGCAAAAUGGACAAAUCCAAUCAUGUGCCAUUUGGGGAAAACAAACCCUCCAAAGGAUAAGUGAAAAAAGAAAACUGCUAAAAAACAACCACAUCCAUAUCGGAAAACUGGUGUCCAAUAAAAGACUGAAAAUUAUGACAUGUAGAA